AUGUCUACCGUCGGUGAAGAAAUUGAUAAAUUAUUAGAAAAAUGUAAAAUUUGUGACGUGCAAACAACGAAUAAAUGCACUUCUUGUAAAAAAGUAAAUUAUUGUUGUAAAGAACAUCAAAAAGAAGAUUGGAAAAAUCAUAAAAUACAAUGCAGACCUUUUCAGAUGAAAUCUUCGUUGGAACUCGGACGUUUUCUAGAGGCAACGAGACGAAUCAACGCGGGUGAAAUUUUAUUUACCGAAUAUCCGAUUGUUUUCGGACCGCGUCCGGAGGAAAUCGUUUGUUUGGGUUGUUAUAAAACAGAACCGGAAGAAAAAUGUCCGAAAUGUUUAUGGCCGGCAUGUUCAUCAUCGUGUCCAGGACUCACGAAUCCCGAUCAUCACGGAUCCGAAUGUUUCCUCCUACGACUUUACACUCGUAACAAUCAACAACAAUCAUACGUAACGGAUGAUUAUUUUAGAUUUGACGUCAUAUUUCCUCUACGUUGUUUAUUACUCCAGAAAAAAAAUCCAAACGGUUGGAAAAUCAUAACGGGAAUGGAAAGUCACAUGAAAAAAAGAGGACCCAAUACUGAAAUCUAUAAACAAACGAAUGAAAAAAUCGUUAAAUAUUUAAACGAUAAUUUUUUUAAAUUUUUAAAUGAUUCCGGCAAUCGAGAACCGGAUACGGAAAUGAUAUUACUACCUGAUGAGAGAACGCCGGAAAUCCUACAUAAAAUCUGCGGUAUUAUUGAUGUCAAUUCGUUGGAAAUUCAAUCUCCGAAAGGUGGAACGUUGAACGCAUUGUACGAAACGGCUUUUCUCAUGGAACACAAUUGUUUACCUAACACGAGACACAUUUUUCAACCUUCUAGAAGGUUUAAAAUAAAAGUUUUUGCCAAUAACGAUAUACAACCUGGUAAUCACAUCAGCACCAUGUACACCCACGCACUUUGGGGCACUCAACAGAGACAAGAUCAUCUGAGAUCGACGAAACAUUUUAUAUGCAGGUGUCGAAGGUGCGGAGAUCCCUCGGAAAUGGGUACGAAUUUAAGCGGUUUAAAAUGUUUAGCACCGACGGUUGAUCAAAAAAUAUGCGGCGGCACGCAACUACCCAUGGCUCCUUUGGAUUCGAUAACCGUUUGGCAAUGCGAUAAAUGUCCGACGUCAUUAACAUCCGGUCAGGUAUCGGAUUUUGUUAACAUGAUCGGUGACGAAGUCGAUAGAAUACUAAACAAACAACCUAAAAUAGAAAGUCUCGAAACGCUGUUGAGCAAAUUGAAAAAAUUAUUACAUAAAAAUCAUUAUCAUUGUUAUUCCGUUAUGCAUUCUUUGGUACAAUUGUACGGACGUCAACCCGGAUAUUUACCUCAUCAGAUGAACGAUUUGAUGCUUGAAAAAAAAAUCGGCAUGUGCAAACAACUUUUGGAUAUAACGUCAGCCAUCGAUCCGACGACGUCGAGAUUAGCUUUAUACAGUUCCGUCGUGGAACAAGAAUACGCAUCCGCCAUAUUGAUUUUAGCCGAGAGAAAAUUUUGGAAGGAUCACGAACUCGUUGAAAAAUUAAAAGACGCAAAAAAAUUUUUAAUACACGGUUUGAAAUCUUUAGAACCGGAAGGUGAAGAUUCUCAGGGUUUUAAAUUUGUUCCGAUAAUAACGAAAACGUUACACGAACUCGAAACAUUUUCCGCGAAAUCAAACGUUUUUCUAUAA